AUGAAAGAAUCAGACGCGAAUGAUGCAGUCCCUGAGCUUCGCAUUUACGCCUUCUUCGACAGGCCAGUAGGACCUCAUCCGGUGGCCAUGUUCGAAGUCAACGUCUUCACGCCUGCCCAGUUCGGUGCGUUUGUACCUUGGCUAGUUAUCAAUAGGGGACCGUUGAGUGCCUUGAUCCACCCAAACACGGUCGAUUCAGAGGAAGAACGAAAUCAUACGCAACGUGCUACAUGGCUUGGAGAGAGGAUUCCGUUAGAUCUGCGGGUAUUCAAGCUGAUGAAAGAGGCGGAGAAGAAGAAAGAGCUGGAGGCUGCGCAGGACGCUGGAAAAUUAUAA